AUGGCUGAUUGUAUUCCGGAAGAUAUAAUGAAGGAAAUCCUCCUUCGCCUAGAUCCUAAAAGCAUUGGAAAAUGUAUGUCAGUGUGCAAAUCAUGGAACAUUUUGAUUAAGAGCCACCACUUCUUAUCCUCGUAUCAACCGCGCACUCCUCUCUUCCUUGUCCGGCCCUCAGAUUAUGUGUUUUCUAUAUGCUCCCCGCAAAAUAUCGAAUACUCGUAUCUACCAUUAUCUGGCUUUUCUUCAGAUAUAGAAUACAGAUUUGUGGGGGCUGUCAAGGGCCUCGUUUGCCUCUCUUCCUACGACCCUAGAUUUCGUUCCCACUUGAACUUCAUCCUCUUUAACCCUCUGACACGGAGAAGCCUGCGACUCCCAAUCUCCAAAACAUUGUGUAGAUCAGGCAGUCAACUCUGGUUUGGUUUGGGGUAUGGAUUUGGGUUUGAUUCCAAGAAGAAUGAUUUCAAGGUGGUACAAAUGAGUUGCAUCCGUUUCAAGCUUCCUCCUAAGGUGGAGUUGUAUUCACUCAACGAAGGUGCUUGGAGGGUUCUUAAUACUCAAUUCGACCAAGAUUUUUUUAAUAACGCGGACGAUCGUUGGGGGAACCAAUUAUUUUUUCACGACAGUGUUCAUUGGCUUGUCUGCCGGUGGCAUGGACUCCGUAGUUCAAAAAAUUACCACAUAGUGAUGUUCAAUGUGGUGGAGGAGAAGUUCAGCAAAACGGAGCUUCCACAAGUGUUGGCUAGGUCCUCCAUGGACUUGGAGAUUAAUGUGAUCGAUGGUUGCCUCUCGCUUAUAGAGUAUCAUCCCAAUGUUAUGGGGUACCCUCGACAGCCUGGAGAUACUAAUAUAUGGAUGAAGAGAGAGUCAUGGAGCAAAAUUUACAGUGUUUCUUUAUCUGGGGGAAAUACUGGACAGUUAUUGGUUCAAAGCAUGAACUCUGAAAUUUUUGUGCUUCUGACUUCACAUACAGCUUGUUUAUGCUUGACAAAGAAAGCAAUGCUGAUGGUUGGUGUACUUUACUAA